ACUGUUGAUGGUGGGGUGACCCAGACUAUCAGCCAUCAUGACGGCAGAGAUGUCUUCACUGCCAUCAUAACUGGACUGGAUUACAACACUAGAUAUACUGUGAAUGUGAGUGCCAUCAACUCUUGUGGUCUCUCGAGUCAAUCUGCCACUACAGAGGUUUUCAUAUCUGAGGCUAAAUAUCUUCCACAAGCUACCCCCUGUUCCAAUGUUACCCGUGUACUUGGAAUAGUGAAGGAGAGAAGUCUGCCAAUUAUACUUGCAGUGGCCAUUAGCACCACAAUCACAUGUGUGGUGUCCUUUCCCGUGGGUGUGGUAGUUGGUUGCUGUGGCACGUGGUGCAAAAUGAAACGGGGAAAAGGAGGCAGAGGAGAUAUGAGAGAAUUGGGUGCUAUAUAUGAAGAGCCAGCUCUGCGAACUGUCAUUCCUCUCUCUGAGAACCAGGCAUAUGGCCAGGUGUCUACCAGGAACAAACAUUGACUACUACACACUAUGUAUCCAACAAA